CACACACAGAGCCUGACACACAGCCCGGUAACUGCAGGGACAGUUGAUCACACUGUACCCACCACAAGGCUGACAGCAUCCCUGGGAGAUCAUCUACAGCCCCGGCUGGACAGAGCUUGGCUGGCUUGACCUGACCCCCUGUGUACCUGGCGGCUAAACAGGUAUUCCCGUCACUGUCACACGCCAAGUGUUGAAUCUUCGGGUGGACAGGACGUGGGGUGAUUGCCGGUGCACCCAUCGUCCUUCAAACUGUCACCGUUACUGCGCUCAGCUGUGGGUGGACUUGUGGACGUAUCAUCUGGAAAUCUACCUUUGCCUUGAAUCCAAACAGUCAGCCCAACUGAGCCCAUGCGUUUAUUGCGCUGGGACAUAGGCUCACAGAUCGCUAUAUCUCGACUAACCAUUGCCACCAACUGAAACCUGACCUCCUCAGCAUCGCCAGAACAACUUUGCGCGGUGCAGAGAUCAGAAGCCACCGGAAUCAGCCCGAGGCUUCGAGAAGAUUGGAAGCAGAGACGGUUUUUACAGGCUCUCACGGGACCAGAAAAAGCAAUGGGUCUCCUGGACACAGGCUCCAUCAGCAGAGUCUUCAGGCAAUACUACGACAACGAUACGAUCUUCAUACAUUAUAAUCAUACCGGGAAGCUCGGUACACCGGGGCGGUACAAGACGGGGAUGAAGAUCGAGGCUAUACUGUCUCUGAUAAUGUGUGUGUUUAUAGUGCUGGAGAACCUGUUGGUGCUGAUAGCCAUAUGGAGGAAUAAGAAGUUCCACCUCCCGAUGUAUUACCUCCUCGCCAACUUGACGGUGUCUGACCUACUGGCCGGCGUCAGCUACAUGGUUAACAUCCUACUCUCGGGUGCCAACACCCUGAGACUGACGCCGCUGCUGUGGUUCCUGAGGGAGGGCGGCGUGUUCAUCACCUUGGCGGCUUCUGUCUUCAGCCUCCUGGCCAUCGCGGUGGAGCGGCACAUCACCAUGGAGAGGAUGAAACUGUACCACGAGGAUAAACGGUACCGGAUGCUCGCGUCCGUCGCCGGGUGCUGGGCCGUCGCGGGGUUGCUGGGCAUCCUCCCGAUCCUGGGGUGGAACUGCAUCGGGAAGCUGGUCGACUGCUCCACGGUGCUGCCGCUCUAUUCCAGGUACUACGUGCUGUGUUGCAUCGCGGUCUUCAUCGCCAUCCUGCUGGCGAUCGUGGUGCUGUACGUGCGCAUUUACCUCCUGGUGAAGGGCAGCAGCCCCCACAUGAGCAGCCUGAGGGGCGGCGGCGCCAAGAAGUCACACAAGUACAUGGCCCUCCUGAAAACUCUCACCAUCGUGGUGAGCACUUUCAUCCUGUGUUGGCUGCCUCUGUUCAUCCUCCUGCUCUUGGAUUUUUUCGGCCGCGUUGGCUGGAGUUGGAUCCUUUACAAGUCCGAUUACUUCCUGUUCCUGGCCAUACUGAACUCAGCCUUGAACCCCAUCAUUUACACGUGGACCAACAAGGACAUGCGCCGGACAAUUGUGCGGCUCCUGUGUCUGGCCAAGGAAGGGGAGAAGACCCAGUGCUUCGGGGUGCUGAUGUCCGAGUGCAGCAGUCAGCUUGACAGAUCUUCCCACAGGCACGAAGCUCUCAACACCACGCUGUCCUCUGGAAACGCGCCGCAAUCGCCAACCAGAACCUCUUUUGCCUAACGGUGCCAUUGGUCUCUCACUCUGGGCUGUACAAUUGCUUCUGUUUGGGCUGCCAUUCCAUUCCAUUCCAUUCCAUUCCACAGCCAGUAAAUUGCUCCGUGGAGCUUAACCAAAGAGGCGUCUCCAUGACCAAAUGGCCUUCAAAGCUUCUAGAGUUGAUGCAAUCAUGUUUUUAUAUGGAACUCCCAACAUAUUUCAGCCUGCUCGGUUAGUUGGUACUGUACCGCCUUGGUGUGUUAGUACUAAACUGCUUGGAAAGCACUUUGCAGAGUUCGGGCUUCGAAGGUUAUAAAAGCCAGGUUGCAAUAGUAAAUUGGUUAGCCUAGUUGCAGACUACCAACCUGCCUGCGUUGGUGAUUUAGGAUUAGAUCUAAGGUGAAAAUCUGAAACAAAAACCCAGCUGUGAUGCAUAUUUCCACAAGAACUUGCAUUUCUGUAGCGCCUUUCUCAGAACGCUGAAGUUUGGUGUCAGACCUAUUGGAGAGAAUCUGCCUUCCUACUCAGAGUAACCUGGUAUAAAGGCAUUAACCUAGUUUUGUCAACGGUGACCAGCAAAAUAAGUAUGCAAAUUUUCGUCGAAAACUGCAGGAGAGUUUUCUUCCUUCCACCUAUUGAAUCUUGUGCUGUGACCUUUCGAUCCGCUUGGACUGUGGAAGCUGUUUCCGUGGGAGUUUUUGUCACUUUGGAGUGAAUGGGACUAGCUUUCCCUGGCUGGCAGACUGUAUCCCUGAAUGAAUGGAUCAGACAUGCUGAAUGUUAACUUUUGAGAAGGCACAAGGGAAGACUGUAAUCCUGGAAGGUUUCAAACUUGAGAUCAGUUGGAUAUUGUACAACUGGAAAUAUCAAAACCUUCCCAGUGAUUCGUGUGGGACUACGGCAGCUAUGCACAUCUGUGCACCAAUGUUCCUGUAUCAAUAGCACAAGCAGCGCUGGAGCAUUGUAAUAGAGGUCCCAAUAUCAGCAUUUACAUAUCCCAGCUAUAUGUGAAGUGACUGCACUUGCAAACUGUUUGUAUCUGUAACUGAAUGUUUUUUAUAAUAAUAAUCCUUGCAUUUGAUAUAGCGCUUUUCAUGUC